AUGGGCCGGUACCGGGUCCGGGUGGCCACCGGGGCCGAUACCUUCGCGGGCUCCACCAACCGAGUGGCGGUCUGGCUGGUCGGGGAGCGGGGCGAGGCCGACCUGGGCCUGCGGCUGCGGCCCACCCGGGGCCAGGUGGAAGACUUCGACUGGGAGACCCCCGGAGACCUGGGUCCCCUGCUGUUCAUACGCCUGCGCAAGGAGCGCCUUUUGUUGGACGACGCCUGGUUCUGCAACUACGUGUCCGUGCGGGGCCCGGAGGACGGCUCGGAGGAGGCGACCUUCCCCUGUUACCGAUGGGUGUCCGGCGAGGCCGAGCUGAGCCUGCCCGAGGGCACGGCCCGGACGAGAGGAGCCGAUCCCAAGGGCCUCUUCCUCAAGCACCGGGAAAUGGAGCUGGAAGAAAGACAGAAGCUGUACCGCUGGGCAUUAUGGAAGGAGGGGCUGCCGCUGACCGUGAGUGCCACCUCAGAGCGGGACCUGCCAGUCGACGCCAGGUUCCACGAGGAGAAGAGGAGGGACUUUGAGGGCUCGCUGAGGCGGGGACUGAUGGAACUGUCCCUGAAGCGCCUGGUCACCGCCAUCAGCUCCUGGAAGCACCUGGAAGAUUUUAACCGAAUCUACUGGGAUCCCCAAAGUCCCUUGUCUGAGCGUGUUCACCGGUCGUGGCAGGAGGACGAGAUCUUCGGUUACCAGUUCCUCAAUGGCGCCAACCCUACGCUCGUGAGGCGCUGUGUGCGGCUGCCUUCCCGCCUGGACCUGCCCCCGGAGACCCAGGACCUGAGUCAGACCCUCCAACGGGAGCUCAAGGCUGGGACCUUGUUCGAAGCGGACUUCUCCCUGCUGGAUGGGAUCGAGCCCAAUGUGAUCAGUGGCCGGCGGCAGCACCUGGCCGCCCCGCUCGUCCUGCUGCGGUUGGGACCGGCCGGGGGGCUGCUCCCCCUGGCCAUCCAGCUGCAGCUGCCUCGGCCCGGGUCGCCACCCCCUCCGGUUUUCCUGCCGUCCGACCCUCCCCUGGCUUGGCUCCUGGCCAAGGCCUGGGUCCGCAGUGCCGACUUCCAGCUGCACCAGCUGCAGGCUCACCUGCUCAGGACGCACCUGGUAGCUGAGGUCCUUGUCGUGGCUACCCUCAGGCGGCUGCCAGAUCUUCACCCUGUCUACAAGCUCUUGGCUCCUCACAUGCGCUACACCCUGGAGAUCAACACUCGGGCCCGAAGCCAGCUCAUCUCCGAUGGGGGAGUCUUUGAUCGGGUGGUGGGCACAGGGGGUGGUGGGCACAUAGAGCUCCUCCGCCGAGCCGGGCAGAAGCUCACCAUGUCCUCGCUGUGCCCACCCGAGGACCUGGCCGCCCGAGGGCUCCUGGGACUGCCUUCCGCCUUAUAUGCCCAAGAUGCCCUGCGCCUCUGGGGCAUCAUUGGAAGGUACGUGUCGGGCCUGGUGGGGCUGUACUACGACGAGGACCAGGCGGUGCAAAGGGACUCCGAGCUGCAGAGCUGGAUCCGCGAGGUCACCGACAUCGGCCUCGGCGAGGCCCACGAUCGGGGGUUCCCCGUCUCCUUCCAGACCAAGGCUGCCCUGUGCCGCUUCCUCACCAUGUGCGUGUUCACCUGUACCGCCCAGCACUCGGCCAUCAAUCAGGGCCAGCUGGACUGGUAUGCCUGGGUUCCUAAUGCCCCCUGCACCAUGCGGUUGCCCCCGCCGACCUGUAAGGAGGCAGUAACCAUGGAGACCGUGAUGGGUACUCUGCCUGACGUCCGUCAGGCCUGUCUGCAGAUGACCAUCACCUGGCACCUGGGCCGGCCACAGCCAGACAUGGUACGCCUGGGCCACCACGAAGAGCGGUAUUUCUCCGGCCCGGGCCCGGAGGCAGUGCUGAUCCAGUUCAGGAAGGCGCUGGGCUUCCUGGAGGAGGAGAUCGAGGCCCGGAACGCAGACCUGCCUCUGCCCUAUGACUACCUGCGGCCCAGCCGCGUGGAGAACAGCAUCACCAUCUGAAGCCCAGGACCACCCCCGUCCCAUCACUCACCCACUACUCUCUGAAGCCCUUUCCUCUCAGGACUGAUUCCUGGGCUCCGGCCCGCUGCCCAGGUGGUCUCCUGGUAGCCCGGGCCUGGGAAUCAGAAAGACCUGGGUUCUCAUCCCAGCUC